AUGAAAAAUCACACAGUAACAACCUUCAUCCUGUUAGGACUGACAGAAGAUCCUCAAUUUCAGAUUCCAAUUUUUAUUUUCCUAUUUCUCACUUACACAUUGAGUCUAAUGGGGAAUCUGACCAUCAUAUCUCUCACUUUACUUGAAUCUCACUUGAAAACACCCAUGUACUUUUUCCUACAAAAUUUUGCCUUUUUGGAAAUUUCAUUCACAUCUGCCUGCAUUCCUAGAUAUUUGUACAACAUAGCAACAGGUGAUAGGUCAAUCACUUAUACUAUUUGUGUCAUUCAAGUGUUUUUUAUUGAUGUCUUUGGAGUAACAGAAUUCUUUCUCCUGGCCAUCAUGUCCUAUGACCGCUAUGUGGCCAUCUGCAAGCCCCUGCACUAUAUAACCAUCAUGAACAACAGAGUCUGCAGAAGGUUUGUCUUCUGCUGUUGGAUGGCUGGAUUGAUGAUCAUACUCCCACCACUUACCCUGUUCCUAAAUUUGAAAUUCUGUGACUCGAAUGUCAUUGACCAUUUUGUCUGUGAUGCAUCUCCUAUUCUCAAGAUCUCUUGCUCAGACACAUGGCUCAUAGAGCAGAUGGUCAUAGCCUGUGCUGUGAUGACUUUCAUCAUGACCCUGGUGUGUGUAGUUCUUUCCUAUAUAUAUAUCAUCAAGACAAUCCUAAAAUUUCCCUCUGCUCACCAAAGGAAAAAGGCUUUCUCCACCUGUACUUCUCACAUGAUUGUUGUAUCCAUCACCUAUGGAAGCUGCAUUUUCAUUUACAUUAAACCUUCAGCAAAAGAAGAAGUGGACAUUAAUAAGGGUGUGUCAGUACUCACCACUUCCAUUGCACCAAUGCUAAACCCAUUUAUAUACACCUUAAGGAACAAGCAAGUGAAACAAGCAUUCAAUGACUCAAUUAAAAGAAUUGCAUUUCUCUCCAAUAAAUAG